CCCCUCGGAAACUAAGAAUUGGACAACAGGACUUCAAAGAAUAAAUAUAGUCUCCCACCCCCCUCGGAAACUAAGAAUUGGACAACAGGACUUCAAAGAAUAAAUAUAGUCUCCCACCCCCCUCGGAAACUAAGAAUUGGACAACAGGACUUCAAAGAAUAAAUAUAGUCUCCCACCCCCCUAAAAAAACCCACAAACAAACAACUGUUAAAUGUUAGUUUCCAAAUAUAAAUUUGCUAUAAAUUCCAUAAUUAUUUUUUAUAUUUACGUAUGAAACGUAAACGUAACAAGAUGCUAUUUACAGAAGCUAAAUGUAAUGUGACGGACAUAGAUCAUGGCAAUGAGUUGUCAGGUCAACAAAGAAUUUGCGUUAUUUCACAAAUAAAGACACUAUCUAAAAAGACAAAGAAUCUAACGGAAACAAUCAACUCUGUGGCAGAUUAUAUGGAGUAUUUGGUACAGCAUGGAUUCAAAAUUUCGGAGAAUAUUACCAAGUAUAUUGUAGACAUUUUCUCUGCAUUUAGGAGCAGAACAUCGGACUCUGAUUUCUCUGCAUUUAGGAACAGAACAUCGGACUCUGAUUUCUCUGCAUUUAGGAACAGAACAUCGGACUCUGAUUUCUCUGCAUUUAGGAACAGAACAUCGGACUCUGAUUUCUCUGCAUUUAGGAACAGAACAUCGGACUCUGAUUUCUCUGCAUUUAGGAACAGAACAUCGGACUCUGAUUUCUCUGCAUUUAGGAACAGAACAUCGGACUCUGAUUUCUCUGCAUUUAGGAACAGAACAUCGGACUCUGAUUUCUCUGCAUUUAGGAACAGAACAUCGGACUCUGAUUUCUCUGCAUUUAGGAACAGAACAUCGGACUCUGAUUUCUCUGCAUUUAGGAACAGAACAUCGGACUCUGAUUUCUCUGCAUUUAGGAACAGAACAUCGGACUCUGAUUUCUCUGCAUUUAGGAACAGAACAUCGGACUCUGAUUUCUCUGCAUUUAGGAACAGAACAUCGGACUCUGAUUUCUCUGCAUUUAGGAACAGAACAUCGGACUCUGAUUUCUCUGCAUUUAGGAACAGAACAUCGGACUCUGAUUUCUCUGCAUUUAGGAACAGAACAUCGGACUCUGAUUUCUCUGCAUUUAGGAACAGAACAUCGGACUCUGAUUUCUCUGCAUUUAGGAACAGAACAUCGGACUCUGAUUUCUCUGCAUUUAGGAACAGAACAUCGGACUCUGAUUUCUCUGCAUUUAGGAACAGAACAUCGGACUCUGAUUUCUCUGCAUUUAGGAACAGAACAUCGGACUCUGAUUUCUCUGCAUUUAGGAACAGAACAUCGGACUCUGAUUUCUCUGCAUUUAGGAACAGAACAUCGGACUCUGAUUUCUCUGCAUUUAGGAACAGAACAUCGGACUCUGAUUUCUCUGCAUUUAGGAACAGAACAUCGGACUCUGAUUUCUCUGCAUUUAGGAACAGAACAUCGGACUCUGAUUUCUCUGCAUUUAGGAACAGAACAUCGGACUCUGAUUUCUCUGCAUUUAGGAACAGAACAUCGGACUCUGAUUUCUCUGCAUUUAGGAACAGAACAUCGGACUCUGAUUUCUCUGCAUUUAGGAACAGAACAUCGGACUCUGAUUUCUCUGCAUUUAGGAACAGAACAUCGGACUCUGAUUUCUCUGCAUUUAGGAACAGAACAUCGGACUCUGAUUUCUCUGCAUUUAGGAACAGAACAUCGGACUCUGAUUUCUCUGCAUUUAGGAACAGAACAUCGGACUCUGAUUUCUCUGCAUUUAGGAACAGAACAUCGGACUCUGAUUUCUCUGCAUUUAGGAACAGAACAUCGGACUCUGAUUUCUCUGUAGACACUACGACAUUUAAUCAGCUUGUCACUCUCGCUGAUAUUGUGACAAUUAGUAUGCAAGAUGAUUUAACAGACACACCAGACCAAGAUUAUGAGACUACAAACUCUAUAGUCACAUCGUUGGAGAGUGUGGUCUACGCACUGUCAAAUCAAACCAAAGACUUCGUUUCCAUAAAGAAUACUGUAGGCGUAAAAUUAGGAACCAUAACUCAAGACAUUCGAAUUCCAGAAGUUAAUCAAUCUGCCUCAAAACCAUUUGACAAUUGGAUACGUAAUUCUAAGAAUGGAAUAUUUUUACCAAAAGAUGCUUUAGAAGACUUAACAUACAUGUCACGAUACACAAUUAUCGUCAUCAAACGUGGAGAACACAAUGCAACUGACUGUUCACAGAUGAACAGAAGCAGUAUUAUGUCAAAGCCAAAAAUUGUGUCUGAUGUCAUAGCAGUGUCUGUUGGUCAUAGUGUUACGUUGAAAUCGCCUGUGACUUUGACGUUUGGAAUUUCCAAUGUAACGCAGUUUUACAUGGCGCCUGUAAAGAUUGUAUGUGUGUAUCUAGAAAUGUCAUUAAGUGGCAGUGUAGUCUGGACAGAUAAAGGUUGUUUUACAGAGAAAUCUUCAGACGACCAAAUUAUAUGUAAAUGUUAUCAUCUGACCUCCUUUGCAGUGCUGAUGGGCUCUAAGCAGCUACCUCAACAUCAAGUGUUGACUGUACUAACCAUCACCGGAUGUGGCGUGUCUAUUGUAUGUCUAAGUAUUACCACAGUGGUCUACCUUUAUCUCUGGAAAUAUGUUAAAUCCGAGCGCUCAGUCUUACUUAUCAAUAUUUGUGUCUGUAUGCUGAUUAGUUACUUGGUCUUCUUGGUGGGCAUCGACAAAACUGAUCAUCAGAUACUCUGCCAGUUGAUCGCUAUAUUUCUUCACUACAGUUUCUUAUGCGUAUUCUUCAACUUCCUAACUCAAAGCCUGGCUCUUUAUAAAUCAAUAUUUAAUAAGUCAGGGCGUGUACGCCUGGAAAUGUUCUUACCUGUCACUUACAUUACUCCUCUGCUGAUUGUUGGAGCCACAGCCCUGGUGAACAAAGCUGAAGGAUAUGGGACUUCUAAUUUUUGCUGGUUGUCUGUAAAUAAAGGUUUCAUUUGGUCAUUCCUUGGUCCAGUCAUAUUGAUCUUGCUUGUCAACGCGGCUGUCCUGAUUGCUAUCAUAAAGACAGUCCAGUCAACUCAUUCUAUACUAGACAAAACACACGCUGAGAGGACAAUGUCAGCAGCUCGAACUAUUGUUGUUUUAACUCCUAUGUUUGGACUAACUUGGGUGUUUGGAUUAGUGUCUAUGGUGUUUGAUCUCAUUGUGUUUCAGUACCUGUUUGUAGUAUUGAAUACUCUCCAGGGGCUGUUCAUCUUUCUUUUCUAUUGUCUAAGACAACGUCAGGUUAUACAGGCUAUUCAACUUCUCAGAAGGCAGAGACAGGCCCAAACUAUAGAAACUACAAACAAGCGAUCUACAACGUCCACUAGUCUUUGAGAUUAUUUUGUGAUGAAACGUUUGAUCGAGUGUUUUAACUAGUUGUUCUUCAAUUUAUUCAAGACCUUUUUCACAGAACAAUUCAACCAUAGCAUUUAAAAACUUUUUUUUACAUUAAUAUGUGUUAAAAGCCAUACAAUUAACUCUUGGCCAACAGUCUAAUAAAACGUACAGUCAUGGUUCAAAGCAAAAUACAAUGUAAAAUGUUAAAGGCUGCGGACCAAGACUCUACUUUGUGUGAUUCCCACACUGUGAAGCAAUGGAACAAUCACGAGCUUUCAUUAUGUUCUAAAUGUAUUUUCUUUAAUAUUGUUUUAUGACCAUUUUCUGGCUUAAAUUUUCUGGUCAUUCUGUUUUUCCCUGUCUUAAACAUGUUCUUGGUUUCUCUAUCAGAUGUACAUACGAACAAUAAAUAAAAGACUUCACUGUUUUAGUGAUGUUGUUAGACUAGACAUUUUAUGUAUGGUGGUCGUUAUCAUUUACUUUAAAAAUAAAGUUUCCUACCAAUCCUACUUCCUAAAUAUUCCUGAGUGAGGAUAUAGUCAAGUCUAGUUUUAGUGUCUCUUACUUUUAGAGUUAACAAGUGAAGGACAAACUCAACUUUCUGUCCUGCCUUUCUUUCACGUUUUUUUCUGAGUCAGUGGCGUUGAUAAUUAGAGGCAUUUCAUGGACUUGGUUUGUUAGUUGGACACUUUCUUUUUUCUGAGUCAGUGGCGUUGAUAAUUAGAGGCAUUUCAUGGACUUGGUUUGUUAGUUGGACACUUUCUUUUUUUCUGAGUCAGUGGCGUUGAUAAUUAGAGGCAUUUCAUGGACUUGGUUUGUUAGUUGGACACUUUCUUUUUUUCUGAGUCAGUGGCGUUGAUAAUUAGAGGCAUUUCAUGGACUUGGUUUGUUAGUUGGACACUUUCUUUUUUCUGAGUCAGUGGCGUUGAUAAUUAGAGGCAUUUCAUGGACUUGGUUUGUUAGUUGGACACUUUCUUUUUUUCUGAGUCAGUGGCGUUGAUAAUUAGAGGCAUUUCAUCGACUGGAUUUGUUAGUUGUACACUUCCAGAAGUAGAACAAAUUUAUUUUAAAAUGGAAAAUGAAAACGUGGGUUGUUCUUAUAGCGUUGUCCCCCCUAGUUUCUUCUUUUCCAUGAUGGAUCCAAAGAGACACCAUGCACCGAUAAUGUUUGUGUUCAACAUAGACCAGACUCUUCCCGUGUGACACCUGAAGUUUUCUCAAGUCUUUUCCUAGCUGCAAGACAUUGUAGGUUCAGAAUGAAAGUUUACCUUCACUAGGAUGGGGACUCAAAUAAUGGUAACAAUCUUGUACACACGUUCAUUUAGGGGAUUAACAAGAAUUUAUCAAAGGAAAUUAUCGUAAUUUUUAAACGCUAUAGAGCUAACAACAUACAACGUACAUAGACUGUAGACACUUUAUAAUGCUAUGUAUGCUGAGAUAAAACAAUCGAAGCAUGGCUCCUUUUACAAGGCUUACAUUAACUCUUUGACUCUGUAACUCAUUAACUCUUUGACUCUGUAGGUCAUAAACACAUUGACUCUUAUCUUUCUUGUAUGUUUUGGACGUUUGCAAUAGACUUUUCUUCCAUUAAGUGACAUUAGUUUUGUGCUUACAUUUCAUAGAACAAGUCAAUUUGUUAUUACAAUCAAAAUCAAAGAAGUUGAUAUGGCAGCAAUAUGUUUUAUUAUUUCCAACAUUUGAUGCCAGUCACAUUGACAUAUGAACAAUCACGACAUGCCUACCACUGCAUGAAUCUUCAACCUAAACUUUUAUGUGGAAUGUAAUGUUGGCUUUUCUGAGACAUUCUUAAAUCAUGUUGUAAUCUAAUAUAUAAAGCACAAUGUAAGGAGUAUGUAUGUAUGUAUGUAUGCCCCGAAUAGAAAUCAAAACCAAUUGACCACUCUAGUUAAAAUUGGACUUGGGUGUUCCUUAGAUCACGGCGUUAAAUGUCUCUCCCACCACAAGAAGGCUCAAGAAGAAGAAAACUAAAUUUAUUUCUAUUGAAGAAAAAAGCUUUUUAACAAAUCAGGUAAACCCAUUUUCAUUGUAUUUUAUAUUAGCUAUGUAAGGGAACUUGGCGCUAGAUAAGUGAUACACACACAAAGGCCCGCGGGUCAUAUUCGGCUAGUUAUAUUUAAAAAGCACAAUAUAUAUUUUUUUCAUUUUUUGAAAAGUCAAACUGUAAAUAUGUCCAUGUGUUUUCAUAAGUUAAUUCUGACGAACUGAUAUUCAAAUUGUAUGUGAAUUCAUUCAUGUUUAGGGAACACAGCUUUCCUUAGAAGUAAAAAUCAUGAAAAGAUUGAACACACACAA